UAGCGGCAAAGAUGCGAACAAAUAAGCACCAAAUGUCAGAAAUUUUCUCACAUUCGUAAAUAGAAAUUUUUGCAUGCACAAGCACAUUACUCUUACUUAUAAUAAGGACACAUUAUAUUAAACUACUUCAAAACCCUUAAAUACUUGUGAUAAUUGACGAAAAUGGCUCGAGGACACCAGAAAAUCCAGUCGCAGCAGAAGGCGCAGGAAAAGGCCGCCAAAAUGAAGAAGCAACAGGGUCAUGGACUUAGCGAUCAGAUGAAGGCUGCCCAGAAAGCACUUGUCUUUUCCUGUGCUGUGUGUAAGUCUCAAAUGCCAGACCCCAAGACCUACAAGCAGCACUUCGAGAACAAACAUCCCAAAUCGGAACUGCCAGCUGACCUGAAGGAUGUAUAACGCAACUGCCGCCUCAGCCUUGUCGUCAGGGUGCAAGUAGCCAGCAGCCAGCAGCCAGCAUGCUAAUCAUUCUUGUUCAUUUACACGUAAAAA